AUGGGUGGCGCUGUUCUAGGAGAGAGCGCCGUUUCGGCCAAGCGGGCUGAGCUCGCCGGUAAAGGAGGGAUAUGGGGGUUAAUUGGUAACAAGAAGACCUCGGCCAUUGGGUUGUUCGCGUCGCUGGGUGGCUUGGUGUAUGGAUACAAUCAAGGAAUGUUCGCUCAAGUUCUGACCAUGUCUGCAUUCAAGAAUGCCACACAGCAAUAUGCUGCGGAAACGGGCAUCAAACAAGGCAUGCUCACUUCCAUUCUCGAGCUCGGCGCUUGGGUUGGAACUUUGAUCAAUGGAUACUUGGCAGACGCGGCCGGUCGUCGCUUGACGGUUUUGAUCGCGGUGGUGGUUUUCUGUGUCGGUGUUAUUGUGCAGGCAUGCACUCAGAACAAGGACUUUGUUUUUGCUGGUCGGUUUGUGACGGGUCUGGGUGUUGGUAGCUUGAGCAUGGUCGUUCCGUUGUACAACGCGGAGCUGGCACCACCGGAAAUUCGUGGCUCUCUGGUUGCCGUGCAGCAGCUGUCGAUUACCUUUGGCAUUAUGGUCAGCUUCUGGAUCGGCUAUGGAACAAACUACAUUGGCGGCACCGGGGCUACUCAGUCGGACGCCGCGUGGCUCAUCCCCGUCUGCAUUCAGAUUGUCCCGGCUAUCACCCUGGCAGCUGGUAUGAUGCUCUUUAUGCCUCAGUCGCCGCGCCACCUCAUGAACACUGGUCGCGAGGAAGAGUGUCUCCACACACUAGCGCGGCUGCGCAAUACAUCCACUGAUGACCUCUUGGUCCGGAUUGAAUUCCUCGAGAUCAAGAGUUUGCACCUCUUCGAGUGCGAGGUUGCGGCCGAGAAAUAUCCCCAGUGGCAGGAUGGAUCGUUCUCGAGUCGGUUUAAUAUUGGACUGCACGACUAUCUUUCGCUUGUCACCAAUCCGUCUCUUUUUAAGCGCACAACUGUUGCAUGCAUGAUCAUGGUUUUCCAGCAAUGGAACGGAAUUAAUGCUAUCAACUACUAUGCGCCAUACAUCUUCGACGAUAUGAAAUUGGGCGGCAACACCACCUCACUGCUGGCCACUGGGGUCGUGGGCAUCGUCGAGUUUGUGUUUACUAUCCCAGCUGUGCUGUGGGUUGAUCAGAUUGGUCGAAAGAAAAUUCUCAUUGCAGGUGCACUCGGCAUGGCCUCGUGUCAUUUUAUUGUAGCCGGGAUUAUCGGGGCCUACCAAAACGACUUCCUUGCUCACAAGUCGGCCGGUUGGGCCGCUAUCGCAUUCAUUUGGAUCUUCGUUAUCAACUUUGCUUACUCCUGGGGCCCCGUGGCAUGGAUUGUUACCUCCGAGGUAUUCCCUCUGAGUAUGCGCGCUAAGGGUGUCUCGAUCGGUGGCAGCAGCAACUGGCUCAACAACUUUGCGGUCGCUACGGCUACAUCCCCGUUCAUCCACGCCAGCAAUUUCGGCACGUUCAUCUUCUUCGGAGUUGUCACCGUGCUCGCUGUUCUCUACGUUAUAUUCCUUGUCCCCGAAACCAAGGGCCGCACUCUGGAAGAAAUGGAUGAGUUGUUCGGCACGGCCGGAAUGGCGGCCGCCGACGCCCAACGCAAGGCACGCAUCGAGCGGGAGAUCGGCCUUUUUGCAUUGGUGGGAGUGGAACAUCCCGACGAGAAGACCGGCGAGGCGUCGGCACACAAAGAGGACAUUGUGGAGACCAAGACGGGGUUGUGA